AGUUAACCGACCGUCCCUGGAGGGCCUCCGAGACGCAGACUGCCGUUUACCUUUCAGACCCAUUUGGCGCGUUUAUACUGUGUCAUAGCGAUACGUGGUUCCAACCAUGCGAGAACGCGGAACCGACGUCUUUGCGGGUUACAAGAUCAGCUAUCCUGAAGCCGAGAGAUGGGCGCGGAGACAUCGCUGGCUGACGAACGACACUACUCUCGCAUCCACGGCCAUUGCGCUUGCCUGGCACCGCGCGGGCCUGGAUGACCGCGCCACCAUCAUCCCGACCGACUGGCCCAAGGCGCUGCUCACGCGGAACGCCAACGGAGAAGACGAGUUCGCUCGCCGGGGCACGCCCAUCGUCCUCAUCGCGCGCCAGACGCGGUACGACCCGACUGCGACGUCGUCCACCUGCCGGCCGAUGGAGGAGCGCGAGUCGGACCUCAAGUUCAAGGCGAUCCUUGAGAAGGACGGUCUCAAGCCGAAGUGGGUGACCGUCCCCGACCCGUGGUUUUACCUUCCGUCGGACUACGUCCGGCCCAAGCCUGCGCCUUCUGCAGCACCCGGAUCCGCGUCGUCUGCCGAGGCUCUUGCUGCAGCUUCCAUGGCUUAAUGACAACUGCCCGCCGAGUCGACUUUACCUCGCGCCCUUCUUGAGCCCCCGCACUGAUGCUUCUUUCUCGAAGCCCUUUGACGUUUGUGCCCUGCUACAGCUCCUGCUCGUGUCGAAGUGUUAAGGGACUUGCCAUCACGUCCGUGGCAUCAUAUCCCCGUCGCCAUUCUCCGUCCGUUCAUGUCAAAUGUACGUAACGUAGUAGUAUGUCGUGACCGACAACGCACCGUAUACUCGACCAUAUCGC